UGUUAAUGCUGGAAUAACCUUAUUUAAACUCUAGGUAAAAACAGAGAAUCACCAUGGAUCUGGAUAUGCUCAAUAUGUUUGCCAUUGCUGCAGGGACUCUUGCGAUCCCUAUCCUUCUAUUUAUGGCAUCCUUCAUGCUGUGGCCAUCAUCACUCAUCAAAGUCUAUUACUGGUACUGGAGGCGAACGCUGGGUCUACAGGUGCGCUAUGCAGACUGUGGUGGCUAUCGCUUCUGUUACUCAUACAGGGGAAAAUCAGGCCACAGACCCUCUAUACUCAUGCUGCAUGAUUUCUCUGCUCACAAGGACACAUGGCUCCCGAUGGUGAAGUACCUUCCCAAACAUCUCCACCUGCUAUGUGUUGACAUGCCAGGGCAUGAGGGUACAACACGAACCAACACAGAUGACUAUUCUAUCCAGGGUCAGGCCAAGAGAAUACGACAGUUUGUAGAGGCCAUUCAACUUAACAGAAAACCCUUCCAUCUGGUGGGCACUUCAAUGGGUGGGACAGUGGCAGGCGUGUAUGCAGCCUGCUAUCCUUCAGAUCUCUGCAGUAUGACCCUCAUCUGCCCAGCCGGUCUGAAGAACCCAAAUAAAAGCAAGUUUGAAUGUCAGAUGCAUGAUGUGGAGCACAGCCACUACAGUAUGAACAUUCCACUCAUUCCUUCCACCCCAGAGGAGAUGGAAGAGAUGCUGAAACUCUGCUCUCAUGUGCGAUUCAGAGUGCCUCAACAGAUUCUUCAAGGACUGGUGGAUGUACAGAUACCACACAAUGACUUUUAUCAUGAGGUGUUUAUGGAAAUUAUGAGUGAACACUCUAAAUAUGCCUUACAUGAGCAUAUACACCAAAUAACUACCCCUUUGCAAAUCAUCUGGGGCAAACAGGACCAGGUAGUGGAUGUGUCCGGGGCAGCCAUGCUUGUGGAGGCUCUUCAAGGCUGUCGUGUUGAUCUGCUGGAAAACUGUGGCCAUUCUGUGGUGAUGGAGCGACCACGCCAGACAGCCAAGCUUAUUUUAGAUUUUAUUAUCUCUCAGCAGAGCACCGCGAGUGCAAGCACCAAAAAAAAAUCCUGAGAUGUCUAUCGAGCUAAAUAUUGUGUGAUACUUGUGUUUAAAGCGCUAGACUCAAAGUUAUAGUACACAAUAUAGAGCAGCAUUGUUUUUGUAGUCUAGCUUUUAUGAUACACUAUUAAGCUGAAAUGUAAUUAAAGCUAUUAAACAAGGUUGCACUAUCAAAUACAUAACAAUACAUUAACUUAGUGA